AUUAUUUUAGGCACUGAAAUUGCUCAAUAUGAAUAAGCUCAUAAGCAGAGUGUGGGAAUGCAAUAGAGAUAAAGCUGUGUUGUUACAAAGCUUUGAUGUAAAUACAAACAAUUCUGUCUGGCUUCCCUCAUAAGUUUCCCCAGAUAGGCAUCAUCAAAUGAGUCAGCAUACAAGGUUGUGACCACAGACCAUGUAUCAAGGCUCUAUAUCUAUGGUUGUGACAACCAUCUUUCUUUCCAUGCAAAUGAUGUCAUGUCCAAACCUCAACAAUGCCAAUCAUUCCAAUUCCAAGCAGUGCUCAAUCAUUCCACUCAAACCACAUUUUAUCAUCUCAUUGUUAAAACUAUCCAUGAUACUUAUUCACAAAUGUCUUUGAACGAAUAUGUGCGUGUACACGAGAGAGCGAGAGAGAGGGAGCUUGGCAGGCACAGAGAUGUGGGUGGUGGGGGGGGAGCUCAUUCAUUAUUCAUGAGAUGGGUGGGCAGAGUGCAGAACGGCCAUGGCACAGACAGAAACUCUAUUACUGAGAUGUUCACUCUGCUCUGCCUCUCCAGAUUCCUGCUAUUUGAUUGACCAAGGAUACAAAAUUGACUGAUUGACCAAGGAUACAAAAUUGACUGAUUGACCACCAAGGAUUUUAUCUGUUUACGGUACUAACUGGACAUUGGAAUUGUGGAGAAACUCAAUGCAUUGGAGUGUCAUGGAGAUGAUGGGGAAGAGGGGAACCUCAUGAUAUUCCACUUGAAGGAUAGUACUUAUGAAAGUUCCUAGAUAAAGGCGUCCGGCAGUUCAACAGGAUCGGUGAAGGUCAUUCACUGUAGAGAUGGGGAUGCUGGCCAGAUCCACUCUAUUACUACUGUUAUGGCAAGGACUGUCUGCCAUUGACGUCCCACUGGAAAUCAGACAGCCCCCCACCAUUAUAAAACAGUCGUUGAAGGAUCAUGUCGUGGACCCCAGAGACAACAUGGUCAUUGAGUGUGAAGCCAAAGGCACCCCCCACCCAAUUUUCUCAUGGAGGCGUAAUGGGAAGUAUUUCAAUGUGGCACGGGACCCUCAGGCCUCGAUGAGGAGACGUUCGGGGACGCUGGACAUCUAUGCCUGGGCUGACCCGGAGGCUUAUGAGGGGGAGUACCAGUGUGUUGCCACCAAUGAGUAUGGCACUGCAUACUCAAACAAGAUCAACCUACGCAUCUCUAGGGCCCCUCUGUGGCCCAGAGAGGUUUUGGAACCGGUAACGGUGAGUGUUGGUCUUCCUCUGGUCCUGGACUGCAGCCCUCCUCCAGGCCCUCCCAAACCUGAGACCUAUUGGAUGAGCAAGUGUUCAUCAGGGAGACCUUUCAACUGGCCUCACCAGCCCCACCCCCCAGUCAUGCUGCCUAUCAAACAAGACCGUAGAGUGUCUAUGGGGGUGAAUGGAGAUCUCUACUUCUCUAAUGUCUACGUCAAUGACUCUGCAACCGACUACUGUUGCAACGCGCGCUUCCCCUACAAAAACAUCAUUCAACAGAAGAUGCCUAUUACCGUUAGAGUCCUUACAACUCGCAUGGUGUCAGAGGCCGCUCCCACCUUCCUGUCUCCAGCCGGGAGGUCCAGCUCCCAGACUGUCCUGCAGGGGGAGGAGCUGCUCCUCGAGUGCAUUGCUGCUGGAGUUCCAACCCCUGUCAUCACAUGGACCAAAGAUGGACAGGAACUGGACACGACCAACAUGAAGGUGAAGAACUACAACAAGUUACUGCAAAUCCCCAAGGCCGCUUUUGAGGACUCUGGUGAAUACACGUGCAGUGCCACAAACAAGAUUGGAUACUUGGAACACACCAUCACUGUCCGGAUCAAAGCUGCUCCGUUCUGGUUGGAAAAGCCCAGUAACCUGGUGCUGGCCCCAGAGGAGAAUGCACGCUUAGUGUGCCGCUCUGACGGCAUCCCCCGGCCCAGUAUCCGUUGGUUCAUCAACGGAGAUACAAUGGAGGAUGCUACUCCAGUCCCAAACAGGGAGGUGUCCGGAGACACAAUUACCUUCCGUUCUGUGACUGUGGCGAACACCGGUGUUUACCAGUGCAAUGCCUCUAACCAGUAUGGCUACCUGUUUGCCAAUGCUUACAUCAACGUACUGCAUGCAACGCCACGUAUCCUUAGGCCUAGGACUGACCAGGUGAAGGUCAUUGAGGGCAGACGCGCCUGGCUAGACUGCCGCUAUUUUGGCUCGCCCGUGCCUGAUCUGCGCUGGUCUAAGUAUGGACUGGGCAACCUGGAGGGGAAUCGCUUUAAAGUACACAGCAACGGGACACUACAGAUCAAAGGCACCCGUAUGGAUGACCAGGGGACAUAUCUGUGUAUUGUCAGCAACGUAGCAGGACGAGAUGAAAACCAGGUCAAACUAGAAGUCAAAGAGUCCACCAAAAUUCUCAAACGCCCAGAUAAUAUGAGAGUCCUCCGGGGGACUGAUGUCCGGUUGGAGUGUAAGGCCCAACAUGACCCCACGGUCGCCGUCACCACCACCUGGCUGAAGAACAAACAGUUCCUCAUCAUAGGCUGGAGGCUGUCGCUGGAUGAAUCAACUCUGGUCAUCACAAACGUCAAUAGAGGAGACGAGGGCAAUUACACCUGCAUCAUCAAGACUGAGAUGGACAAGAACACUGCCUCCGCCCGCCUGGUGGUGAUGGAUCGUCCAGACCCCCCUACAAACUUGCAGUUGUCGGACCCCUUUGAGCGCAGCGUCAGGCUUACCUGGACCCCUGGAGAUAGCAAUCACAGUCCUAUCAAAGAAAACCUGGUGCAGUAUGAUGAUGACGACUGGUUACCUUUCAAGUGGAGAAACCUUUCCACGUACCCUGGAAACCUGAACUCUGUCAUUCUGCAACUGUCACCAUUCAUUAUCUAUGAGUUUAGGGUCAUUGCUAUCAAUGACAUUGGUAUGAGUAAACCCAGUCGCUCGUCAGCCAACUUCCAGACUGGUGGAGCACCUCCAGACGCCAUCCCUAAAAACAUCCAGGGAGUGGGAACAUGGAGAAACAACAUGAUGAUCAGCUGGGAGGCAUUAAACAACAGAGAGUGGAACGGUCCCCACCUAAAGUACUUGGUGUGGUGGAAACGGAGGGAUUCCAGGGAGGAGUGGAAGAACGCUACCACUUGGUGGUGUAAAUACUACAUCUACGACACAGACACCUUCACACCAUACGAGAUAAAGGUCCAGGCUGUCAAUGACUUUGGGAUGGGCCCAGAGUCCCCUGUCAUCAUAGGCUACUCUGGAGAAGACCGUCCCACUGCUGCCCCCCUCAACCUGCGUGUGUCCAGGAUAGAGGCCACUAAGGUCACCGUGCACUGGGACCCCGUGGCUCGCAGCAGCAUCAUGGGAGAAUUGAAGGAAUACAAGGUCUACUUCUGGCGAGACAGUAGCCAGCUGAGGUGGCUGAGUGUGAGCAGGGCCAUGAAGUCGAAAGCCUUUCCAGCCAGCGGGCCGCGUCUCUCUGGUGUCCUGCCGGGACUCAUCCCUUACAGCAACUACAAGAUGUACAUAGUGGUGGCCAACAACCGAUACGAGGGACAUCCCAGUAACACCAUAGAGUUCUCCACUCCAGAGGGAACACCCUCUGCUCCAAGAUCCUUCAGAAUCCAGCAGAGACAUUUGGACAUGAUCUGGGUGGACUGGGACACUCCUGCAGAGCCCAAUGGCAUCGUCACCGGAUACAUACUCAAAUAUCAGACAGUGAACGCAACUCAGGGGGAAGAAUUGCACGUUGAGGGAUUUCCCCCAAACACCACCAGUUUUGCUGUUCGCAGAUAUGAUCGCUACACCCGCUAUAGAUUCACCAUAGCAGCACAGACUAGAAUCGGGGUAGGAGAGUGGUACACAGAGGAAUCACCCCAUUAUACAACUGAAGCUUAUGCUCGGGAGCAGGUGGACCUCUCCACUCAGGGCUGGGUAAUUGGUGUGAUGUGUGCUGUGGCUCUCUUCGUGCUCAUCCUGCUGGUCGUCUGCUUUAUCAAAAGGAGCCGAGGGGGCAAAUACCCAGUACGGGACAAGAAAGAAGUGACAUUGGAGCCAGUGGAUGACAAAGAUCAGGAGGGAUCAUUUGACUAUCGGAUAAGUCGUGUCACCACCAUUCCCUACUCUGCCCGACGGGAGGAAGAGACUAAAGUUGGCAGGGGCCAGACGACAGUAGACACCAUGAUGAAACGGACAGAUAGUGACGACAGUCUGGUGGACUAUGGUGAUGGACAGGAGAUUGAGUUCAACGAGGACGGCUCCUUCAUUGGCCAGUACACUGGACACAAGGAGAGGGAUGACAGAGACACAGAGUUCAGUGAGAGCAGGAGCCAGGAAGCCCACUCCCCGAUGGCCAACUCCCCCAUGAGCCCCAUCUAUUCAUUUGCAUAAGGAAACAAGACGUACAAUGGGUGUUACACUCAGACUGGGUCCGGAAUGAACAUUGCCGACUAGCGCCUCUAUAAACAGUUGUAUAUGCGUAUCAGACUGGGUCUGGAAUGCCCACUGCCCACUAACUGGGGGACACAGGUGCUCCCAAACAAAUCCAACAUCUUCUUCAAUCCAGGCACACAACAUGAUGUGGUUGGAGCCUGGUAGUGUUCCUCUAUUCUCAUGCUCUGCAUUGACACUGGGUUGGUGCUGUAAAUGCAAUACAGCAGCAAUUUAACAAUAAUAUGAAGGUUACAGUUACAGUCUGGUUACAGUUACAGUUAUGAAGUUGUAAAAAGUACAUGCUUUUCAGGUGUAUUUUGUGGGUGUGGAAUUGCAUGCGUACAUGUUGAUGUGCGUGUGUAAUAUUCCUACUAAUGGAGAGAUAUUGACUGAACAUUAGGCAGAGGGAUACAUUGAUAAGUUUAUCAUGUUGAUAAAAGCAGUGACACCUGGUAGAGAAACAAUUUAUAUGAUAAAUAUUAUUUAUAUGAUGAUUUAUAUGACAGUGGGAGAAAAAUAUUAAUUAACGAUUCACUGCUAAGUCACUGGUUUAGGCCUGGCAGGAUUGCAAAGGAUCCUUUUAACUUACUCUCCACCUGAUGGCAGUAAAUAUAGUACCACCUUUAGGGCUCUGUGCCCUUGACUUGUUUGUCUGUUGCUUUGUCUAAACAUUGUUCUGUGAAUCUUGGCUGAUGUUGUUAUUGGUAUGAUGACACAUUGUCAUUGUGUACACACAUUUCAGGACUGUGGGCUGUUUCAACAUCUUUCAAAGCUAGACAGAUGUCAUCUGUAGCCUUGAAAAUGUCUGGACAGCAAAUGGUCUACUUUUGGGUGUGAGCAGAAAGUGUAAACACAGAGAUAUCCGUAAUAUCCCUAAACAUAUCCCUAAUCAAUGUCUCUAGGACCAUACCGUACCUUUUUUUCCCCUGUGCACUUUUAUUUUUACGAGGAAUUUGUGUAAUUGUAAUGUGGUGAGCUACAGUAUUUAGAAGUUGUAAAUGCUAUGAUAUUAUUUAAUAAUUUAUUUACUUUCUGCUUAUUAUUAAUAUUCCUUGUAAUUUUGACAAUAUUAACUGAUAGAGAUUUACCUUGUACUCAUGGUACUCUAAUUAAUACACAAAUAGAUUAAAACACUGUUCUAAUGACAUGAAAUGCUCAAGGCCAGCUGCAUUUUUCCAUCAUGAGUAAUAGUGUUGAAAGUACAAUAUGGAGGAGCAGCGGUACAGUAUCAUCAUGUUCUCAAAUGAUAUGAUGCACACGACAUACUGUAUAUUAACCUUCCAGUCAGGGACUAUGAAUCUGCAACAUCGUCAGUAACAUUAGUGGGGGAAAGCUGACAGGUGAUUCAGAGCUGUAUUUCAGACAUAGUUUAGUUUUUUUUUAACUGUAAUGUGUCUCUCCCCUUAAUAACCCAGCACUUGUGCAGUGCCUUCAGAAAGUAUUCACACCCCUUGACUUUUCCACAUUUUGUUGUUACAGCCUGAAUGUUAAAUGGAUUAAACUGAGAUGUUGUGUCACUGGCCUACACACAAUACCCCAUAAUGUCCGUGGAAAUGUUUCUUCAACAAAUUAAUUAAAAAUGAAAAUGUUGAAAUGUCUUGAGUCAAUAAGUGUUCAACCUCAUUGCUAUGGUAAGCCUAAAUAAGUUCAGGAGUGCAAUUUUGCUUAACAAGUCACAUAAUGAGUUGCAUGGACUCUGUGCAAUAAUAGUGUUUAACAGGAUUAUUUAAUGACUUCUAAAUCUCUGUACGCCACGCACACAAUUGCCUAUAACGUCCCUCAGUCGAGCGUUUCAGUGAAUUUCAAACACAGAUUCAACCACAAAGACCAGGGAGGUUUUCCAAUGCCUUGCAAAGAAGGGCAACUAUUGGUCGAUGGGUAAAACAUGUAAAAGCAGACAUUGCAUAUCUGUUUGAGCAUGUGAAGUUAUUCAUUACACUUCAGAUGGUGUAUCAAUACACCCUGUCACUACAAAGAUACAGGCGUCCUUCCUAACUCAGUUGCUGGAGAGGAAGGAAACCACUCAGGGAUUUCACCAUGAGGUCAAUUGUGACUUUAAAACAGUUAAGAGUUCAAUGGCCGUGAUAGGAGAAAACUGAGGAUGGAUCAACAUUGUCAUUUCUACACAAUACUAACCUAAAUGACAGAGUGAAAAGAAGGAAUUAUAUUCCAAAACAUACAUCCUGUUUGCAAUAAUGCACUAAAGUAAAACUGGAAAAAAUGAGGCUAAGAAAUCAACUUUAUGUCUUGAAUACAAAGUGUUAUGUUUAGGGAAAAUCCAACACAACACAUCACUAAGUACCACUAUUCAUAUUUUCAAGCAUAGUGGUGGCUGCAUCAUGUUAUGGGUAUGCUUGUCAUCGGCAAGGAGUGGGAAGGUUUUUAGGAUAAAAAUAAUUAGAAUAGACCUAAGCACAGACAAAAUCCUAGAGAAAAACCUGGUUCAGUCUGCUUUCCAACAGACACUGGGAGACAAAUUCAAUUUUUCUGCAGGAUAAUAAUCUAAAACACAAGGCCAAAUAUACACUGGAGUUGCUUACAAAGACGACAUUGAAUGUUAGACCAAGUUACAGUUUUGACUUAAAUCAGCUUAAAUCUAUUGCAAAACUUGAAAAUGGCUGUCUAGCAAUGAUAAACAACCAACUGGACAGAGCUUGAAGAAUUUGUCAAGAAUAAUGUGCAAAUAUUGUACAAUUCAGCAUUGCAAAGCUCUUAGAGACUUACCCAAAAAGGCUCACAGCUGUAAUCACUCCCAAAGGUGAUUCUAACAUGUAUUGACUAAGGGGUUUGAAUACUUUCUAAUCAAGAGAUAUUAGUAUUUUAUUUAAUUGUUUUACAAAUGUUACAAUUUUUCUUACACUUUGACAUUAAAGUUUUUUGUGAUGAUAAUAUAAAAGACAAAUACAUUUGAAUUCCCCCUUGUAACACAACAAAAUGUGGGAAAUGUCAAGGGGUGUAAAUACUUUCUGAAGGCACUAUUGAUAUCUAAUUGAUUGUCUAUUUAGUUCAUAGAGCUCUUAUUAUGUUGUGUCAUGCUAUCAUCAAGUGUUGCUACAUGAAUAAAGUGCUUGUUUUUUAAUCUCAAGUAUUGUAGUACAUUUAGUAUACAUUGUUUA